UAUUUCUUGAAUAUUAUGGCUCUUGAAGCUCUGAGUUCUCCUCCCGUGGCAGCCGCCCCUUUCCCGGCCAACAAGUUUGAAGAAGUUAUUCACGACGACGGCAACAGCAAUCACAUCGAGUCGUGGAAGAAAGCCAAGCGCUCGAAGCGACAACGCGAUAACGAGUCUUCUCAACUGCCUCUGACGUCUGAGGAGGAAUAUCUCGCUCUCUGUCUCAUCAUGCUAGCUCGUGGAAACACCGCCUCCGACGGCUGCAUCUCUUCUUCGGAAGCGAGAGUUGCUCCCUCGGGUUUGAAAUCGUCUCACAAGUGCAGUGUUUGCGACAAGGCUUUCCCUUCUUACCAGGCUCUGGGUGGUCAUAAAGCCAGCCACAGCAAACCUUCCACCGACGGAGCUGCUAAUAAUCGACCCAAUUCUAUCCCCACCACCACCACCAACGGCGGCGACAUCGGAGUUAACGGUAGAGCACACACGUGUUCUAUCUGCCAUAAGGCUUUCCCUACAGGCCAAGCCUUGGGAGGCCACAAACGCCGCCACUAUGAAGGCGGAAACAACAACAGUAACAAGAGUGGUAGCGUCAGUCUCAGCGGGGUGACGGUGUCGGAAGGUGGCGCGUUGAGUCAAACCCAUCGCGUCGAAUUCGUGUUUGACCUGAACUUGCCCGCUUUGCCGGAGUUGGGCGUGGAAAACAGAGAAGGAAGAUAUACAGAGCAAGAGGUUGAGAGUCCAUUGCCGACAAAGAAACCACGUUUCAUGAUUGAUUCUUUUGCACAACAUUAAUUUCACCAGGAUUUAAUAAAAUUAAACACGAAAUGAUUUUACCUAUGAAUGAUUCUUUUU